AUGGGUACGAUUGGUGGAGUACCUGAAACGCAAUUUGCGUUUGGAGCUUUGAGUGGGGAUUCACUUCCUACUAGCUCAUUUUCAAAUGUUGCCUUACAUUCCAUGAGGCAACAAAUGGAUGAAAGCAAUCACGAGAUGGUCAAUAUGCUGACUCAUCAAAUGACCACUGUGUUGAAUCCCAUAGUGGAAACGACUAAUACCAGCUAUCAAAUUUUGGCUGAACAAAUGCGUCGAAUUGCUGACGUUUUUGGGGCACUUCGAGUCCCUAUAAGGCAAGGGCAAAAUGUUGCCCAAACAUCUAAUCAAGAUGCUACAAAUCUUGGUCGAAAUGUUUUUGCUCGAAAUCCAAAUGCUCAAUUUGAGCAAAUUGGUCGAAAUCUCGACCAAAAUCUUUUGAGACAAAAUGAGGGUGAUUUCCAGGGAAAUCAACCCUUUAUUAUUGCUCGAAAUCAGAAUGCUGAUGAAAUACUUGAGCAAGUUAGGAAAAAUAAUGUAGGGGGGCAUCAAAUUCAAUAUCCAAACAACCCGAAUCCUCAAAAUAUUGCCAAUGUAGUCGAACAAGUCCUGAAUCAACAUGGGUUCGACGUAGGGUAUGCUAAUAGACCCUACUUUGUCUCAGCAUUCUCUGAGGCAAUUUUGCAGGCUGAACUGCCUCGGGGUUGGAAAGUCCCAAAAUUCACUAAAUUUGCCGGAGAUUCCGGUGAAUCUACAGUAGAACAUAUAGCUAGAUACGCCAUAGAAUGUGGAGAUUUAGCUCGAAAUGAAGAUUUAAAGUUAAAGUACUUUCCUAGUUCUUUGACUAAGGGGGCCUUUACCUGGUUCACAACCUUACCCCCGAAUUCAAUUCAUAAUUGGAAUCAAUUAGAAAGAAGGUUUCAUGAACAAUUCUUUCGUGGUGAAUCGAAAGUUAGCUUAAUGGAUUUAGUUAAUAUAAAAAGAAUACAUCAUGAAUCCAUUGAUGAUUAUCUAAGUAGAUUUCGACAAAUGAGGUCGAGAUGUUUUACUCAAAUUCCAGAAUAUGAACUAGUCCAAAUGGCUAUAGGCGGAUUAGAGUACUCGAUUAGAAAGAAAUUGAUUAAUCAGCAGUUAAGAGACAUGUCACAGUUAGCGACGAGAGUGAGGCAAAUCGAGCAACUUAAGGCUGAAAAAUUUGUCCCUAAGAAAAUAGAGAAAUUUCCUCGAAAAGACAAAGUGGCUUACAUAGGUCUCGCUGAAGGAGAAAUAGGAAGCGAGAAUGAUCUCGACGAAGAUGUCGAUUUAGGGGUAAAUGAGGUAAAUGUAGCUGAAUUAAAACUAGGACCCCCUUAUGUUUGCCAGUCUUUAAAACCACUCAAAAUUAAGGACAAAACUCGACCUAAUAAGAGUUAUGCCUUUGAUGUAUCUAAAGCUGAUCAUAUUUUUGACAUUUUAUUGAAGGAUGGGCAAAUUAUAUUAUCUGAUGAUCAUAAAAUCCCUACUGUAGAACAAAGAAAGGGUCGAAAAAAGUUUCAUCAUGUUUAUGGUCAUUGGACUAAUAACUGUGUUCGUUUCAGGGAUCUUAUUCAGGACGCCAUUAAGCAAGGAUGA